AUGACGCUUGCGACACGCUCGCGGACAUUAUUUAAAAAUUUAAGCAAACUGUCAACAGUCUAUUUUUACUCUACUUUACUAAAUUGA